AUGAAAAAUAUUGACAAUUCUGAUAGUAUAAUAGAAAUUGGUUUCAGUGACAGUUCUGAUAACAUAAUAGAAAUUGGCCUCAGUGACAAUUCUGACAGUAUAAUAGAAAUUAACCGCAGUGACAAUUCUGAUAGAAUAAUAGAAAUUGGCCUCAGUGACAAUUCUGAUAGUAUAAUAGAAAUUGGCUUCAGUGAUAAUUCUGAUAGUGCAAUAGAAAUUGGCCUCAGUGACAAUUCUGAUAGUAUAAUAGAAAUUGGCCUCAGUGACAAUUCUGAUAGUAUAAUAGAAAGUGGCCUCAGUGACAAUUCUGAUAGUAUAAUAGAAAUUGGCCUCAGUGACAAUUCUGAUAGUAUAAUAGAAAUUGGCCUCAGCGACAGUUCUGAUAGUAUAAUAGAAAUUGAACUCGGUGACAUUAAAACACCAAUGAAUACGUGUCAGGAACAAAGGGCAAGGAAGCGUGUUGCAGUUUUGAUGGAGCAUGAGGACUAUGAUUUUGAAUGCUGCGGUUUUGUUAACAGAUGGACAUUUCGUUCCGAUUUAGCUGGUAGUGUUGAUGCCAUGGUUUGGCGGUUAGACGCGGGCACUUCGUACACAUUAGUUGGUUUUGAUACUAUAAAUUCAAGUAUUCCCUCAACCGUAGAGUCGGAAGAUAUUGCAAAUGGUAAAAGAAUUCGAGUUAACACUGGCGAUCUUAUCGGGUUACAUACGACCAGCAGUUCGUUCAUUAUACCAUGUUAUCUUGAGAACCAAGGAAAUGGGAAUGCUGGCAGAAAAAAGAGAACAUUUACAUCUGUUUUAUCAUCUAUGUCAUCCCCAAGUCCAUACGACUGGAAUAACGCAGAUUCCGACAAUGCAGUUUGUGCCAUUCAAGCGACAACUACACCAAGUCAAGAUCCAUCCUUGACUGGGUUAACCGACGUAAUAAAACAUAAUGACGAGGUGUUUGCAGGCGAUCUAUUAUUCACAUUUACAGCUGCUGAUGAUGACCUGGAAGACGCAAAUAGCUUGGUUAUAACAUUUAGCAGUGCUACAAUUUAUUUUGGACUCCAAAAUACCAAUGAAAUACGAAUAACAACUGUACCACCUAUUGGAAGUUAUAAUCUAACCUUAACAGUAACAGAUCCGUGUGGCAACCUUACCACUAGUACACCAACAAUAACAGUUAUAAAUAGACUUCCUGUAAUUAACAACCUGCCAAGUAGUGUAUCAAUAAUAGAGGACACACCAGAUAAUACUCUUAUAUUUACCAUUAAUGCCACAGACACCGUUACUGACCCGGUAACAUGCGUAAAACAUGGAGGAGUUGGUAUUCCAUUUUCUGUUACAGCAAUGUCAUCACCUUCAACAGGUUAUGGCGUAUAUUUGGACACUGGAACGACUUUAAAUUAUGAUUCUAAUCCUUCAUAUACUGUAAAUGUAAGAUGCAACGAUACAAGUGAUACGGUUGAUGAUAUAUUGACAAUCGUUAUUAUUCCGAAUCAGGCACCUGUCAUCAACAGUUUGCCGGAUACUGUUAGUUUCCUUGAAGACGCCAACACCAACACUUUGCUGCAUCCAAUUAAUGUCACUGAUUUUGAAGGAGAUGUCAUUUCAUGUUAUCUUAUUCCAACCAGUACUGUAUUCGAUAUUUCAUUGGUGACACCCCCAAACAAUGAAUAUGGAAUAUACCUAAUAGGAGGGACAACUCUAGAUUACGAUACGACACCCUCUUAUUCAUUUACAGUAAAGUGUGAAGAUCAAAGACGAAAUGAUACAGCUAGUUUUAUCGUUAAUUUAAUACGGAAUACACCCCCCGUAAUAAAUAGCUUGCCAUCUACAGAAAGUAUAUCAGAGGACUUGAUAACAAAGACAUUGAUACACACAUUGAAUGUUACGGAUGUUAACACAGCAGAUAUCAUCACUUGUGCAUUGAAUUCACAUACAACUUUAUUUGAAAUAGAUGGUUACCGAGUUUUCUUGAUCGGAGGAACAACUCUAAACUACGACGUUACUCCGACUUAUUUACUAGAUAUAGAAUGUGGUGAUCAUAGAAGAAACGUAUCUGAUGUACUCACAGUAAAUCUCAUUCGUAAUGAGCCACCAUCAAUUGUAAACCUACCAAUGAGUUGUGAGAUACCAGAAAGCAUCACCGCAGAAAGUUUAUUGUAUACCGUAUCUGUUACAGACCCAACCAAUGACACAGUAACAUGCACUUUGACAACAGCGACUAAUACAUUUUUUCUCCAGUCUGGCUCAAGUCAGUUUGAAACUGAUAUCUAUGUUAGAGGGAACCAAGCUUUUGACUAUGACACCUUGAAUCGAUACACAUUAGGCAUAAAAUGUGCUGACCAGCGAAGAAAUGAUACAUCAGAAUUUUAUAUAUACCUGCUUCGUAAUAUGCCGCCAUACUUUACAAAUCUUCAAGCUAAAACACCAGUAUCGGCACAGACAGCAGUGACUGGUCAGGUUGUAUACAGUGUUACAAGUGUAGAUCCAGAGAGUGACAAUGUACAGUAUACAAUGACAUCCAGCAGUGCAUCGGCGCCAUUUUCAAUAAACCAGAACACUGGUGAAAUAUCUUUGAGUCGUUCAAUAAACACUGAGUUGUCAGCCGGAUAUGAGUUAUAUAUAAAUGCAUCAGAUGGCAGAAACAAUGCUGCAUCUAGAACAUUAUCAGUAAGAAUUACAGAUAUCAACAAACCACCUGUCUUCUUAAAUCCGUCACAGACAGUUACUGUAUUAGAGGGCAUCAGCAUCGGAUCAUCUAUACUUCAACCAAUAUUAACAGAUGAUGAUGUAUCUGAUUCUCAUACGUUUUAUGCAUCGUAUUUGCCACCAGAAGGUGUAAUCUAUUUUAGGGUCAACGCAACAACUGGAUUGAUAACAUCGACAGUUGCAAUUGAUUAUGAGACUAUUCCCUACAAGACGUUUCUGUUAACAAUUACUGGGUCAGAUUUUCUGAUGGUGGACACCACUAAUAUAACUUUUAAUAUACAAAAUACGAACGAACCUCCAAAGUUUACAAAAACAAAAUAUGCAUUCACAGCUAUAGAAAAUAGUGCUGGGACUGUUCUACAAGAUCCAUACUACCAGUUUUCAGACGAAGACGGUGAUACUGUUAAAUUCUUCUUUAACUGCGGAACAUAUACUGGAUUACUAGACAUAGAUUCAAGUACUGGACUACUGUCCUAUGCCAUUGAUUAUGACUUAGACGUAGCUGGUACAGCUUCUCUUGUAAUCUGUGAGAUUUAUAUUACUGACAAUGAGUACACCGAUACUGCUUAUCUCAACAUAACGGUACUUGAUGUCAACGACAAUUCUCCAACGUUUCUUAGUGAUGAAUACACUUUUGUUGUUGUAAAUAGCCAGUCCAUUGGAUCCACAAUAGGCAAAGUUUAUGCAAAUGAUAAUGAUGUCGGAACUAACGGAAACGUCCUUUAUCAUCUUGCACAGGAAGAUCUAAACAACGGGUUGUUUAGCGUAUCGUCGGAUGGUUCCAUUAUAAUUCAACAAUCUCUUGAAAGUUUUGUUCCAGGUACAAGUCUCAACCUUACUGUUUAUGCCGUGGAUAGCGGAGGUCAACAAGAUACUGCCUUGGUCAAUGUUAUUUUACCUGUUGUAGAUUCGAACGGAAAUAUUUAUGUAGAUGUGAUAUACUACAAAUCCUUCUUCUCAUAUGCUCCGAACAUGGCAUGGUUUGUUCCAUUGAUGGUAAUCCUUUUUGGAACAGUAAUCAUUGUGUUUCAUACUGUUUUUAAAGGAUAUUGUAGAUGCAAAAAAAUAGAAAGGUAAAUUUAUUGAAUGCAUUUACAACUAUAGCUGAAAAUAUA